GCUUGAAUGAGAAGACGGACUCACUUUUGUUUGAAUCAGGGGUGUCCCUCCCUCCACGCUGCAUGUGACAAAAACACUGACCGGCCCCCUUCAAUUCCUAUGGAUCAAACUACAGAACCUCCGCUUCAAGACAUCUGUUCCUUUCUAACAGAGCGCGCCCCCGUUUCCAGAGCUGUGACUGAACGACUGACUCUCGUGGUCCCCGGACUGGUGAUUUCCACAUUUGCCCGUGAUAUCAACCAAAGAUGAAGAUCGACGUUGACUCAAACUCACCCUGCUCUUCUUUUCGCAGUUUGUAGAUCGGAGGGAAUUGCAACGAGGAUUUUGCUUCCUCUCCAUCACUCUCGUCCGAGCAGAGAGAGUCACCACCGAGCGUCAAAAGCCCGGUGCCAUUGAGUAGCCGAUUUCUUUUUGUCUGCCCUCUAGCCGGGGGUUUCGCAUCCUCUGCGUCUGGCUUGGAUGGGAAAGGACAACGAAGGGCGAGUGAAAAGAUCGGGGUUCUGAUGUUUGAAUAUUUUGCGCUUCUGGACAUUUCAUUUAUCGUAUUCAGUCAUCGUUGAGAGACUACUGUGAUUAUGGAGUCGGUAGAAAAGGAGUGCGGAGCGUUGGGUGGAUUAUUCCAAGCUAUCGUCAACGACAUGAAGAGUUCCUAUCCCGUGUGGGAAGACUUCAGUGCCAAGGCUACUAAACUGCACUCCCAACUCAGGACCACAGUUCUGGCAACAGUGGCAUUUCUAGAUGCCUUUCAGAAGGUGGCAGACAUGGCGACCAACUCAAGAGGAGGCACCAGGGACAUAGGUUCAGCUCUGACCAGGAUGUGCAUGAGACACCGCAGCAUUGAGACUAAACUACGCCACUUCACCAAUGCUCUUAUGGAAGGCCUAGUCACUCCUCUCCAGGACAGGAUAGAGGAAUGGAAAAAGACAGCUAACCUGCUGGACAAAGACCACGCCAAAGAAUACAAGCGGUCUCGCCAGGAGAUCAAGAGGAAGUCCUCCGACACCAUGAAGCUCCAGAAGAAGGCCAGGAAAGGCCGGGGUAACCUGCGUCCUCAGCUGGACAGUGCCAUGCAGGACGUCAGUGACCUCUACCUGCUGAUGGGGGAGACAGAGAAGCAGGCGGUGCGCCGGGCCCUCCUAGAGGAGAGGGGGCGCUACUGCUUCUUCAUCAACCUGCUGAAGCCUGUGGUGAAUGGAGAGAUAGCCAUGCUGGGAGAGAUCACUCACCUGCAGGCCAUUGUUGAUGACCUCACUGUGCUCACUGAAGACCCACACAAACUGCCCCCGGCUAGUGAGCAGGUGAUCGGGGACCUGAAGGGUUCAGACUACAGUUGGUCCUACCAGACCCCUCCCUCCUCUCCCAGCAGUGCUGCUUCCAGGAAGAGCAGUAUGUGCAGUAUCCUCCAGAUGCCAACUGUCGGUGCCCAUCGUCUCAGUAGUGUCUCCUCCCACGAUUCAGGGUUCAUCUCUCAGGAUGCCAACACCCACUCCAAGCCCCCCUCACCCAUGCCCUCUGACAUCACCAGCCAGAAGUCCACCAGCUCAGCCUCCUCUGAGGCAUCAGAAACCUGCCAAUCUGUCAGUGAAUGCAACUCUCCCACCGCGUUUGGCUCGGGCUCAUCCUUCGGUACCUUCCGCCCCGCUCUCUCACACACUGGCUCCAUCAGGCCUCUCUCUGUCAUACUUCCUGGGUCCCCCACAUUUAACCGCUCUCCUGGAUCCAAAACCCCCUCACCCAUCUCAAAGGUUCCUGGCUGGAAGGAUUGGUCUAAAACCAGUACCUACGAGCCCUCAUUGGCUACCACUCUGCAGCAAAGGAGAGAGUCAUUGGACAGGAUGAGGGAGCAGGAGGUUCCUUCCAGUCCUAAAGGGUUCUCUGGGAUGCACCCAGACACUCAUAGGUCCAGGAUGGCCCAAGCUACUAUAGCAGCCAAGCACGGCAGUGAGGCCAUGUCCCCAGCAGCCAGUACACUAGCCAUGGUACUAACCCGUGGUCUCAGUAUAGAGCAGCAGAAGAAUAGCAGGGAAUCUCUGCAGUACUCCAGUGGCUACAGCACACAGACCAACACACCGUGCUGCUCAGAGGACACCAUCCCCUCACAGGGGUCUGACUAUGAGUGCUACUCUCUGAACGGGGACGCUGAUACCGGCAGGGAGGCUGACUUCGACAAGUCCUCCACCAUCCCCCGCCACAGCAACAUCGCACAGAACUACCGCCGCAUGAUCCAGACCAAGAGGCCGGCCAGCACCGCCGGGUUACCCGCCGGAGUGAGCCCUCCUGGUGGUAUGCAUGGAGUGAUUUAUGGGGGUGAUGGAGGGCGUGACGGGAGGCACGGAGCUAUCACCUCUGGAACAGCCACCAUCCGCCGUACCCCCUCCUCCAAAACGGGGGUGAGACGCACCCCGUCCACCUCAGGCCCCAUCGCCAUCCGCCCCCCCAUCGUUCCAGUCAAGACUCCCACGGUGCCAGACUCUCCUAUCUACUCCCCCGGUUACUCCCCCAGCUACUCUCCCAGCCUUACCCAGAGCAUGGGCAGCGAAGAGUACCUGUAUGGGGACGAGACUCCAUCCAGUGCCCUGGAAUACAUGAAGGCCUCCCCCAAGCGGCUGAGCCUACCUGACACCACCGCCUGGAGCUCCGGAGGGGGGCUGGACCAAAGUGUCUAUGCCCAGCAGCCCCCUGGCAUGACAGGCCUCAGCCUAGAGGAGGACCCCCAGCUGGCAGCCAACCGCCACAGCCUGGUGGAGAAGAUAGGAGAGCUCGCGGCCAGCGCCCACGCCCUGGGCGAGGGUCAGUUUCCCUUCUCCUCUCUGGACCCUCUGCCAGCGGACCCAAUGGGUACCAAAUCUGUAACCCAACACCCACAACAACCACCACACAGGCCCCAGGAAGGCGUGGACAUGCUGGUGUCCAUACGGAGAGGUGUGAGGCUCCGCAAGGCGGUCUCCAACGACAGAUCAGCCCCCAGGAUACUGCAGGAUACUGCAGCAGCAUCCAGGAUACUGCGGUAGUAUCUACUGGGACUGACCACAGAACUGUGGUGCCACUGCAAGCUCUAGUAGUGAAAUGAAUGAACACUCAUCCUGUACAGGAAAAGACUGCAUGAAAUGAAAGGGAAAACGAGUGUCAAUGUGUAAAGAUUCAAUGAAUGGCCAUGGGUGGCCAAUGGACAAAUGUCAUGUAAUGAAUUGCGUACAAAUAUAUUUUUAUGUCGUAUUCCUAUUUCCUAUGAUGUCUGUGGGCUUAGUGGCUGUGGUUGUCUAUUCCCUCUCCUGUCUCCUGAUGAAUCAGCUCAGGCACCUUUCCUUUAGACUCAUUGAUCAGGGCCUGUAUUCACAAAGUGUCUCAGAGUAGGUGUUGUGAUUAUAAUGAAUCUAUAAUACAAUUAUAUGGACAAUGGUCCUGAGAGAUUAGUGUAUUUUGAGGUCUGUUUGGUUUGGUUUCGAUUAUAUAUACAGUACGAGUCAAAAGUUUGGACACACCUACUCAUUCAAGGGUUUUUCUUUAUUUUUACUGUUUUCUACAUUGUAGAAUAAUAGUGAAGACAUCAAAACUAUGAAAUAACACAUAUGGAUCAUGUAGUAACCAAAAAAGUGUUAAACAAAUCAAUAUAUAUAUUAGAUUUUAGAUUCUUCAAAGUAGCCACCCGUUGCCUUGAUGACAGCUUUGCACACUCUUGGCAUUCUCUCAACCAGCUUCAUGAGGUACAGUAGUCACCUGGAAUGCAUUUCAAUUAACAGGUGUGCCUUGUUAAAAAUACAUUUGUGGAAUUUCUUUCCUUCUUAAUGUGUUUGAGCCAAUCAGUUGUGUAGUGACAAGGCAGAGGUGGCAUACAGAAGAUAGCCCUAUUUGGUAAAAGACCAAGUCUAUAUUAUGGGAAGAACAACUCAAAUAAGCAAAGAGAAAUGACAGUCCAUAAUGUCUUUAAGACAUGAAGGUCAGGCAAUCCAGAAAAUUUAAAGAACCAGAAAGCGCUAUGAGGAAACUGGCUCUCAUGAGGACCGCCACUGGAAAGGAAGACCCAGAGUUACCUAUGCUAUAGAGGAUAAGUUCAUUAGAGUUAACUGCACCUCAGAUUGCAGCCCAAAUAAAUGCUUCACAGAGUUCAAGUAACAGACACAUCUCAACAUAAACUGUUCAGAGGAGACUGCAUGAAACAGGCCUUCGUGGUCGAAUUUCUGCAAAGAAACCACUACUAAACGACACCAAUAAGAAGAAGAGACUUGCUUGGGCCAAGAAACACGAGCAAUGGACAUUAGACCGGUGGAAAUCUGUCCUUUGGUCUGAUGAGUCCAAAUUUGAGAUUUUUGGCUUCAACCACCGUGUCUUUGUGAGACGCAGAGUAGGUGAACGGAUGAUCUCUGCAUGUGUGGUUCCCACCGUGAAGCAUGGAGGCAUUGUGAUGGUGUGGGAGUGCUUUGCUGGUAACACUGUGAGUUAUUUAGAAUUCAAGGCACACGUAACCAACAUGGCUACCACAGCAUUCUGCAGCGAUACGCCAUCCCAUCUGGUUUGCGCUUAGUGGGACUAUCAUUUGUUUUUCAACAGAACAAUGACCCAUCACACCUCCAGGCUGUGUAAGGGCUAUUUCACCAAGAAGGAGCAUGAUGGAGUGCUGCAUCAGAUGACCUGUCCUCCACAAUCACCCGACCUCAACCCAAUUGAGAUGGUUUGGGAUGAGUUAGACCGCAGAGUGUGGAAAAGCAGCCAACAAGUGCUCAGCAUAUGUGGGAACUCCUUCAAGACUGUUGGAAAAUCAUUCCUCAUGAAGCUGUUUGAGAGAAUGCCAAGAGUGUGCAAAGCUGUCAUCAAGGCAAAGGGUGGCUACUUUGAAGUAUCUGAAAUAUACAUUGAUUUGUUUAACACUUUUUUGGUUACUACAUGAUUCCAUAUGUGUUAUUUCUUAGUUUUGAUGUCUUCACUAUUAUUCUACAAUGUAGAAAAUAGUAAAAAUAUAGAAAAACCCUUGAAUGAGUAGUUGUGUCCAAACUUUUGACUGGUACUGUAUAUAUAUUUUUUAACAUUAAAUGCACUAUGCAUUAUGUGGGUUGAAUGCUGUAUCAACUCAGAAUAAAACAAUUCAUCAAAGUCCCAUGAUGGUAUUGACUGCCCAUUACUGCUUAUAUUAACCAUCGUUUAUUCACAUUAUUUUACUUUAAUAAAAUAUUUCAGUUGUUGUGUAUAUAAACAUGUUUUAUUUGAUUACUUUAUUAUUUAAUUCCAAGUCAUCAUCUCAUCUCCAUAGUGCUGCUGCCUAUGCUGUCUGACUAAAUCACUAUUUUAGUAGUUCUUCAAAGUAAAUAAGGCAUACUUUUAUGACUGCUGAAUACCAACUAUCAAACACUUAAAUUAUGUAUUUUCAAGAAAAAAUACCGCAUGAAGCGAGAGGUCUCUCGAUCGCACAUUCAUCUGUCUCUUUUACGUAGUAGGCGUAAAAGAAACAAACCGGAUCAGUAGGCGCGCAAUGGAUUGUGGUCAUUGUAGUUCAUGUUUUCUGAGCUUAACAAUGUAGAAUAUUGGCCUGUUGGAAACUACUACAACAUCACAGAGUUCGGGCUUGAUCUGAUUGUUCUUUAGAGAAACUGCAUAAUGUGUGCAUUGAGUUUACAGAAAACUGAACAAAAUGGACUUCAAAUAAUUGAACCAAUGUCUGUCAACGAGUUGUUAAAAUACGGAAAAAUAUCUGAAAUGUCAGUUAAUCACUCCACUAAUGGACAAGACUGCUUUUAUCCUAGAUCAGCACUCCUACUCUUAAAUGCUAUAUGAAUAUGGGCCCAGGAGGUCAUUUCAAAAUGGCAGUUGAAUGCUGUGUCUUAUUGUGUGUGUACUAACACAGCCAUCUGUUGUCUGAAAGUGAUGGGGCUAAGUUGCUCUGUGAGCCUGUCUGUAUGUUAUGUUGUGUAUUAUUAUACUGAUGUAUGUAUUGCCGGUUGUAUCACAAGCUGAACACCAAUGUAUGUUACAUAUCGGAGAAAUGUAAAAGUCAUGUAAAUUAGGAGCAAUGUGGCAGUGUUUUUAUUGCUGUACUGUACUAUCAAUUUAUUCUGCAAUUAAACCAACCUUUUCCUGUA